AUGAUAAAAAAAAGAAAAGAAAAGAAAAGAAAAACAAACGAAAAUGACCGACAAAAAUUUCAAAACAAAAAGAAAACAGAUUUCAGUAGUACAGAAUUUUGGAUGCCAUUGAAAUCCAUAAAGAAAGAGAGUCAAUUCAUGUUAGUAUUAAUAGACCAAGAGAUUGAUCUACUUACUGAGUUCAACAAUUCUAACCGAAAACAAACAAACAAACGAGAAAAACACGUGAAAAACAGUAAACCAUCAAACAAACCACUCAAUUCAAACCAAUUAAACUUACCAAUGUUCAUGAAGAUUUUUUGGAUUGAAGUGAUCUUACCGUCAUCUGAUGUACAGGAUUCUAAACUAGGUAAUACUGGAUCUGUUACACAGUCUCCUGUACUCGCAGCUACCUUUGGCUUGAUCCUCUAUGAUUAUUAUUUUUCAUUUUAUGGUGUGAUGCGGUCUGGUUUGCAUGUAUAUAAACCACCAUUCAAACUGGCUUCCUUCAACUCUCGCACACUAAUGCAAAUCGGACAACAGAUAGGGCUGGCUAUGCCUUUGGAAAGUCUUAAUAUCGACGACUGUUAUCUAUCCGAGACCCGUAUUCAAGACUCAGGUGAAGUACUAAAAACUCGCUCUCCAUCUGUCGCUUUAAAAAACUUGUUUUACGUGCGUUUCUUCAGGGACCCUGUGACAAUGUCGUUUGGUUUUGUUGGCGCUGGUGUCGCACUAAGCGCUAGAGAUGAGACAGCACAAAUCGAUUGGAUCCCCAUUAACAGUCGGUUAUGUGCUGUUAGAUUAGAAGGUUCCAUCAAAGUGAGAAGUCGGUGUGAGAAACGAUCUCUUUUCGUCAUCUCCGCUUAUGCCCCGACAGAUUCCAACCCGGAUGCAAUCAAGGGUGGAUUUUACCACCAGUUAACUGUUCUUCUACAGAAAGUGCGUUCGACAGAUAUUGUAGUACUAGCCGGCGACUUGAAUGCUCAGGUCGGGCAUCUAGGCACGGAUGAGAGUCGUUUGGGUGGCCGAUGGAGACUUGUUGGUCGCAGGACAGAUAACGGUGAUUGUCUACUUGGCCAACAAGUUUAUCGUCAUAAACGGAUUGAUGUCAGUAAAUUGGUUGCAGUUCCUGUUGCAACUAAAUAUCAAACCGCGCUGGGCUUCGCGAAACAUCAAAUCUACAAGCACUGUGUUUCUUCAGGCUCCUUACAACUCAUUGAAGCCUGUCAGUCUACGCAGGAUGACCAAGCCGUAUGGUGUGCUGCAGAUAAUUAUUACUACGUGUUUGUUGUGCACACCAUAAACAUGAAUAUAUUCGCUUUACAUGAUGUCCCAAAUGAUGGUGACACAAGUUAUCAUAAGUAG